CUCUUUACCAGUCACUCAGUCAGUUGCAACAACACGCUCACCGAGGUCGGCAGCACAAAGCGGAGUCGCUCUCUUACCAGCUUGCACACACAUACCACACUACAACACACAUACACACACACACACACACACACACACACACACACACUCACACACACGCUCAGACACUUGACACACACCUCCUCAGAGACGCCCCGGGAAGCUGAAGCAAAACUGACUAGAGGAAGGAAGGAAGCAGGAGAGAAAGCAGCGAAGAGAAGAGAAGGGAAGAAGUAAAAGAAGAAGAGAAGAAGACUGGUGCAGAUAUAAGAGGACAUAAAGAUAUAUUUUGGGAAAAUAUCAGUCAGGUUGUCCAAUUGAAGAGCUCCCUCCUGAGGCCCCCUGCUGACUGUUAACAAGCACAACUCUGUACAAGUCUGGGAGCUUCAUGAGUGUGUGCACAUAACCUCCACUCCACCUCUGUGUGUGUGUGUGUGUGUGUGUGUGUGUGUGUGUGUGUGUGUGUGUGUGGCACCAUGCUGUGGACAGUGCUACUAGCGCUGCUGGUGCUUCUGCUGCUGCAGACUCAGCUGUCUGUGUGCUUAAGGGAAUUACGCAGCGGGGGUUCCAGCUCCCCUGCCUACUCCUCUUCAUCAUCCUCUUCCUCCUCCUCUUACAAUACCACCCAGCAGCGGCUGCCCGGAGCUAUUAUUAUUGGCGUGCGGAAAGGCGGCACCAGAGCCCUGCUGGAGAUGCUCAAUCUGCACCCAGAUGUGGAAGUGGCAAAGGCUGAGGUGCACUACUUCAACGUGGAGGAGCACUACCGCCGAGGCCUGGCCUGGUACCGAGCCCAGAUGCCCUUAACCCUCCCUGGUCAACUGACAGUGGAGAAGACCCCCGGCUACUUUGCGGCCCCUCAGGUUCCUGCGCGCAUCUGGGACAUGAACCCCGCUGUCCGCUUGUUACUCAUCGUCCGGGAUCCAGCCGAGAGGUUGGUCUCAGACUACACCCAGGUCCUCCACAAUCGCCUGACCCGCCACAAGCCCUACCAGCCGCUAGAGGAGCUCUUGAUUCACAAGGGCCACAUCGACCCUGGUUACAAGGCGCUGCAGAGGAGCCUGUACCACCAGCAUCUGGCCCGCUGGCUGGAGGUCUUCCCCAGGGAGCAGAUCCACGUGGUGGAUGGCGACGCCCUUAUCCGGGAUCCCUUCCCCGAGCUGAGAAAGGCGGAGAGGUUUCUGGACCUUCCUCCCAGGAUAAGCCCCAACAACUUCUACUACAACACCACCAAGGGCUUCUACUGCCUCCUGUCUGCCGGACACGACAAGUGCCUGGACGAGUCUAAAGGCAGGCCGCACGCACCGCUGAGCACCCAGGCCUUUAAGAAGCUUUGUCGCUACUUCAGGAAGCCCAACAAGUUGUUCUUUGAAAUGGUGGGGAGGUCGUUUUCCUGGUGCUGAUCCAGUGGAAUAGCAACUGUGGAGAUAAAACACCUCCUGAACAAUACCAACACAUUCAGGGACACAGAGGGAGAAAGAAAACUGUUGUUUGUGUGUUUUUGUAUGUAGAUGAGUGGAAAGAUUUUAGUUCAGUUAAAGUCAUAAACAUUUCUUGUUGUUGAUACCUACUCAGGUAUAAAUGUGGCCAACAAGAGCAGCACAUGAUGUGUGUGAAGAUAUGAGGAGAAUUCAAACUGCUUGUGUUGAACAUGUGGCCAACACAAACCUUUACCAUGACCAUACUGGUGCCUCCUUGGAUGAACUCACUUGAAGAAGCUACAAGAACACUGUGCCAUACACAAGUUUGGAACUGAAAACACAACUAGAGGCCUGUUAGUGCUUUUGUAUUUGUGUUAAAAGAAGAUGUGCAGACUUUGAAGUGAUGUAGAAAUAGACAAGCGGUGAAAAGAUGGUUGAAUUGAUUGUUUGCACUAUAAACUCUAAUUGCUUAAAAAGUCAAUCGAAGUUCAGUGUAGACAAUUUCAAACAGAAAGCAACCCCUGGCAUUGAUUUUUCUCAACGGUUGUAACAUGUUUGUGUGUUAGUAAAAAAUGUUUUAGUUGAUGCCUCCUGUUUACUUCAUCCUUUGUUAUUUUACGAGGCAAACUUUUAGAUGUUCAAUGAAAAUAUCUUUUGCUGUUUUUACAGUAGCCACAUUGAAAACUUGUUUUUGGUUUCUCUUAAGUUUCAAGGCCAAUGUAGUACUAUUGCUAGUUUGUGUUUUUUUUUUAAGACGUCAAUCUAAUAAAUGUGUUCAGUCUCCUGCCUGGUACCAGACUGCAUUGAACCCAGCUGUAAGGUUUAAAAACAUCAAACAUAAUGACACAUACAGACGCUGACAGGUCUCUCUGAAAGCUCCUCUCUUUUAAAGUGUAUGGAGAUGUUCUCUGUCAGGGUCGAUCUAACAUGUUCUUUACAUUGAGGAUCAAAGGACGCCUACGUUUCUUUUCAUCAUGAAGUAAAGGAAUUACCUCCAGUUUCACCACCACACUGUAACAAAUCACACCUGUUUGAUACCUGACUUUAUUCAAAGCCAGAAUGGAUAUUUUAAGUUAAUUCAGUUCAUCUGGAAGGAUCCGUCAUGACAUAAGUGUAUAAAGUUGAAAUCGUUGGAUUAAAGGAUAGGUCAUCUGUUUUUAACACA